AUGGAUCGCCCUGACAGCUCCCGUCAGGACACCGACUUCGAGCUCCCAGACGAAGACGGCGUUACACUGACCGUACCGCGCCAACGCCCGAAGCGACCCCGUCACCAAGCUCCGAUCCCUCCACCACCCACUGCCACCGAUAGCAAGACGCACCUCGAGUCCAUCAUACAGCACUGCGACAACAUGUUCCACCUCGGAAAACAAAAGGCGCGAAAGAUAUCGCCGGCGACCGUCCAGUUUUUCUCCAAGAUUAAGCGCAACGCUCGGGAGCUGCUGAAGCCCUCGAAGAAAUUGGACAAAAAGGAACGCAAACAAGCCCUUAAGAAUCUCGAGGUCAAUAUGAAGUAUGCGAGAGGUCAAUGGGAACAAGUUCAUGACCAGCUGAAGAAUUCAGCAUUCAUGCUGAUGGAAUACCGAGUCUAUCAAGACUACGGCGACUACUUGGCCAAAAAUCUCAAUGUCAUCACGACCGGACGAGAAUGUCGAAUUAAAAAUUCUACAUACACAUCCGGACGAUAG